UAGGCCUCGCACGGCCACGGGUCGACGCAAAGCCCUUGCCGGCCGCGUUGCGUCUGGCGGCCCCAACGCCACCUCUUUCCGGAAGGGGCAUCCUUGCAGGCUAUCCCUGAGUCAGCAGCCAGGGUCCUUCCUCUCUGCUGCGCGGCCCAUGUGGGUCCCCCCCCCUUUGCACGUGGGAAGCUGGCACCAGAGUUUAAAGACACCAGGGUCCUCUUGGCUUAUAGAGCAGGUUUCUGUAAGGAAGGAAGCAAUCUACGAGUCAGCGGCUGGGUUUGGAGGCCUCUCCCUUGUUUGCUGGGAGACGGCACGUGUCGAUUCCAAGUUUGUGUACCCAAGGAUCUCUAGCUGAAAAUGCAGCGCAAGAAAGUGGACAACCGCAUCCGGAUACUGAUUGAGAAUGGAGUAGCUGCACGACACAGGACACUUUUUGUUGUCGUAGGGGAUCGUAGCAAAGAUCAGGUAGUCAUACUUCAUCAUAUGUUGUCUAAAGCAGCUGUAAAGGCUAGACCAUCUGUAUUAUGGUGUUAUAAGAAAGAGCUGGGCUUCAGCAGCCACCGUAAAAAAAGAAUGAGGCAGUUGCAGAAGAAGAUUAAAACUGGAAUGUUAGAUCUGAAACAAGAUGACCCGUUUGAGUUGUUCAUAGCAGCCACAAACAUUCGGUACUGUUACUAUAACGAGACACACAAAAUUCUUGGAAAUACUUUCGGCAUGUGCGUCCUCCAGGACUUUGAAGCUUUGACACCCAAUUUGCUGGCUCGUACAGUUGAAACUGUGGAAGGCGGCGGCAUCGUGGCGAUUCUUCUGAGGACAAUGAACUCCCUGAAGCAGCUCUACACAAUGACCAUGGAUGUACACUCUCGCUACCGGACAGAAGCACAUCAGGAUGUGGUCGGCCGAUUCAAUGAAAGGUUCAUUCUUUCUCUGGCAUCUUGCAAAACCUGCAUGGUGGUUGACGAUCAGCUUAACAUCCUCCCGAUCUCUAGCCACGUAGCAGACAUUGCUGCUAUUCCACCCCGGUCUCAGGAGGAUAGUCUGAGUCCUCAGGACAUGGAGCUGAAGGAACUAAAGGAGAAUCUCCAGGACACCCAGCCCGUAGGAGUGCUUGUGGAUGGUUGUAAAACCCUGGAUCAGGCCAAAGCUGUUUUGAAGUUCAUUGAAGCCAUUUCUGAGAAGACGCUGAGAAGCACCGUGGCUUUAACAGCCGCCCGAGGUCGUGGUAAAUCGGCUGCCUUGGGGUUGGCCAUAGCUGGAGCAGUGGCUUUUGGCUAUUCCAACAUUUUUGUCACAUCUCCCAGCCCAGAUAACCUUCACACCCUGUUUGAAUUUGUAUUUAAAGGCUUUGAUGCUCUGCAGUAUCAGGAACACUUGGAUUAUGAGAUCAUUCAGUCUCUCAACCCUGAAUUUAGCAAAGCAGUCGUCAGAGUGAAUGUGUUCAAAGAGCAUAGGCAGACUAUCCAGUAUAUCCACCCUGCUGAUGCUGUGAAACUGGGGCAAGCUGAGCUUGUGGUGAUUGAUGAAGCUGCUGCUAUCCCACUCCCACUGGUGAAAAACCUGUUAGGCCCUUACCUAGUCUUCAUGGCUUCUACAAUCAAUGGGUAUGAGGGUACUGGCCGUUCCCUCUCCCUGAAGCUGAUCCAGCAGUUACGGCAACAGAGUGCACAAGCACAGGCCAAUAUGACAGCAGAGAACAAGGCCACGACAACGCUGAAACUGUCCUCAGCCCGCUCUUUGCAUGAAGUUUCCCUCCAGGAAUCCAUUAGGUAUGCCCCGGGAGAUCCAGUCGAAAAGUGGCUGAACGACUUGCUGUGUUUGGAUUGCCUCAACAUCACAAGGAUUAUAUCUGGCUGCCCACUGCCCGAAACCUGUGACCUAUACUACGUGAACAGGGACACCCUCUUCUGCUAUCACCGAGCAUCAGAGACUUUUCUCCAAAGGCUGAUGGCGCUGUACGUAGCUUCUCAUUACAAGAACUCUCCCAAUGACCUCCAGAUGCUUUCAGAUGCUCCUGCCCAUCACCUCUUCUGCCUUCUGCCACCCGUUGCACCUACCCAGAAUUCUUUGCCAGAAGUGCUUGCUGUCGUUCAGGUAUGUUUGGAGGGAGAGAUCGCCCGUCAGUCUAUUAUGAACAGUCUGUCGAGGGGGAAGAAAGCAUCGGGAGAUCUCAUUCCAUGGAGCGUCUCAGAGCAGUUCCAAGAUCCUGACUUUGGUAGUCUCUCUGGUGGGAGAGUUGUUCGCAUUGCAGUCCAUCCUGAUUAUCAAGGGAUGGGUUAUGGCAGCCGAGCUCUGCGUUUGCUGCAGAUGUACUAUGAAGGCAAGUUUCCUUGUUUGGAAGAAAAAGUGACUCAGAAGCCAAGAGAAAUUGCUACCGUGAGCAGUGAGGCGGUCAGUUUAUUACAAGAAGCUGUGAUGCCUCGGAAAGAUUUGCCACCUCUGCUUCUCAAACUGAGCGAGAGGCAAGCUGAGAAUCUGGACUAUCUUGGUGUGUCUUACGGUUUGACACCAAGGCUGCUCAAGUUUUGGAAACGAGCUGGAUUUGUACCAGUUUAUCUGAGGCAGACUCCUAAUGAUCUGACUGGGGAGCACUCAUGUAUCAUGCUGAAGACCUUGAAUGAAGAGGAAGAGAGUGAGCAGGAGAACUGGCUAAGUGCCUUCUGGAAAGAUUUCAGGAGGAGGUUUCUCUCCCUUUUGUCAUAUCAGUUCAGCACUUUCUCUCCUUCGUUAGCUUUGAACAUUUUGCAAAACAGGAAUAUCAAGCAGCCACCUCAACCCCCAAUCAGCCGCAAUGAAUUAGAAGCUGUUUUUAUCCCUUAUGACUUGAAGAGGCUGGAGAUGUACUCAAGGAACAUGGUGGACUAUCACUUGAUUAUGGACAUGAUUCCAGCUAUCUCUAAGAUGUACUUUCUCAACCAGCUUGGAGAUAUGACCCUUUCUGCUACUCAGUCUGCUCUUCUUCUUGGGAUUGGUCUCCAGCACAAAUCUGUGGAUCAGUUGGAGAAAGAGAUAGAGCUGCCUUGUGGCCAAUUGAUGGGCCUUUUCAACAGGUCUAUCCGCAAGGUGGUUCAGUUGUUCAACACUAUCCUGGAAAAGGCUGUGGAAGAGCAGAUGGCAGUAACCAAAGACGUUGUAAUGGAGCCAACUCUGAAAUCCUUAAAUGAGGAUUUGGAAGAAGCAGCAAAAGAAUUUCAGGAAAAACACAAGCAAGAUGUUGGGAAGUUGAAAGAUCUGGACUUUUCACAGUAUGUUAUCCGAGGAGAUGAUGAAGAAUGGAAUGAAGUGUUGACCAAAGCAGGACAGAAUGCUUCCAUUGUCAGCCUCAAAAGUGAGAAGAAGAGAAAAUCAGAAGCAAUCACAAUAGGAUCAAAACCGGAGAAGAAAUUUAAAAAGAAAAUCCCAAAGCAGAAGUGGAAGAAAUGAUCUCAAAAUCUGGGACAUGGAGCACUUGUUUUGUGGGAACCUGAAAAGCAAAUCACUAGGCUACAAAGAAAGCAUACAUUGAAGUGGGAAGACAUGAAGGUUUUUCCUUCCCUUCAUAUAGGGGCACCCUGAAGCUAAAUAGUUCAGAAGAUCUUUUUUAUAUUAUUGCUGCCAGCUCAGCAUUUGUGUUACGCUAAAAGAACGGUAGAGCAGUAAACUGGAUUGUUACCAGGAAUUAUGACUCUUAGCCUUAAAAAGCCUCUGUUUUGUGUGCCUCGGAGACCUAUAAACAUCUUUCCCUUCUCUUUACUAUUUGUUUCCUUAAUAGCAAUUUUGGAGAGAGGCCUGGGCCUCAGUGCUGUGCAUUUUUUAUUGAAAGCUGUUUUUUUUUAAAAGAAGCGUCAGUACAAUGAGCUGUAAAAACACUCUCUGGGAUUUUGAAAUGGUUUAGUUGCGAUGAGGUGUCUGCUGCAUAUUAUGCUUUUGGAUAAAAAGGGAAGAAUCAGCAGCCUGAGCACUGCCCUUCACCUUUGCGCUCCAGGUUCUGUGGUUAAUUCUAGACAUUGGUUUCUCCUCCUAGCCAAGACCGUCUACUGGUAUUUAGAAAAACAGAGAAUGUGGCAGGGAAUCCUGUCCUUUUAAAAGCAUCUUCCCUGCUUUUCAGUCUGGGGGGGCAGAAUAUUCUUACUUGAUAUCAUGUCCCCCAGUGCAUUGAUUAAGAAGCGGCAAUAGUGUGGGUGGGUGGGUGGUCCCAGCACUGAGGCCUUUACUGGGGGGUGGGGGUGGGACUAGAAUCAUAGAAUCAUAGAGUUGGAAGAGGCCACAAGGGCCAUCCAGUCCAGCCCCCUGCCAAGACUUCAUUCAUUCAAUUCAUUCAAUUUCAUUCAUUCAAUUCAUUCAAUUUCUUGACCAUCAAGAAGAGCUUGUACCACAAGCACCUUAUUGGGUCUUCAAACAACACAUAUGUAGUCGGUUGUGUAAUAUAGGGCUGUGUCUUCUGCAGGGAUAUUAUUUGAAACAGAGUAUGAUGCUGCCAAGAACAUCCAGUUUUCUUCUUUCUCUCUCUUCUUCCUCCAUAAAGAUUUUUUCCCCUAGUCCUUACAACUGAGGAUAAGCUGGAUAAUGUCUCAGCAGUAUCUGGUAAAAUAUCAAAAGUGGGAAGAAAAGUUGUGAUGGUCUGUGGUGUGGCUUAACUGAUAUCCAUGGCAGCCCUCCUAUCCUCUGCUAACCACAGCCUCUAUAGUUUCCCCCUUCCCCGUACUUAUUUAAAAUGUAAAUAAAUAAAACGCCAGAAAUGCAAGGUCUUGGAAGCGAGAGAAAUGUGCAAAAUAAAGAGAUGAAUUAAGCUGGCUUGAUCUUUGUACAGUACCUUCCUUUCUGCCACGCUGCAGGUCAGGGGAAUGCAGUUUGAGGGUCCCAGGGUCUGUGUUUUUGUUGGCCAAGGCCGCAGGAGCAGCACCUCUUGUUUCUCUACACGUUGAAAGCAUAUUUUCCAACUCACUUCAGCUUAGAUUGAACCACUUUCCCUUGGCCUGAAGCAUUCAGGGGUUUGAGGUCUGGCUUGACAACAGUGAACAACAGGUUUGUCGAGGAUUAGGCAAGGUUGCAUGCAACGCACACAUAACACACUGCCCAGAUGUUCCCAAACCCACAGGCCACCUAAUAAUAAAAUCAGCUUACAGUGUGAGACUUUUAAAAGAAAGGUUUCUUUCAGUUUUGUGGCUUUUUCCCCUGUGGGUUUAGAGUAUCUGUGGGUUUGUAGUGGUUUUUUUCCCCUUCCUUCCUCUCCCCAAGCUUCCUUUUAAAGCCUUGGGAGUUGAGAAGCAACUUUAAAGGCGGAAAAAUGUUAAGGCUUCAUUUUCCCCAGACCUGUACUGUGAAUGCAGAGUUAAGGCAUCUGCUGGACGUGGGGCCUUGUGCUAUAACAACUAGAAAUGGCCACCCUGGGACAUGGAGCUGGUAAACGUUUCCAAUGAUACAUUUUCUCAGCAGCUGCAGGCAUGGAAAUGUCUUCUGGCUCCCUGCACACACCUUUCAGGGUGCCAUGUAUGGAGAAAUGUAU